CAACUCUCUCUUCCCCUCACCACUUCAACAACAAAGUAACAAGAAUAAAAAAAAAAACAGAGACUUUACAAUUCUCAAAACAGAACGAUCACUUUUAAAGCACUAACACUGAUCACGCAAUACUUCACAAAAAAAUGGCUUCUUUCACGGCGAAUACGGCGGUUUCCCGGAGAUGGCUAGGUGGCAAUUUAUCAUCUUCUCAAAGCUCCGACAUGAGUUAUUCUUGCUCCAUACCCAUGACAAGCCGUGUCCAAAGAAAGCUCAAUGUUUCCUCCGCGCUUCACACUCCUCCCGCUCUCCUCUUCCCCAAACAAACCUCCACCUCUCCCGCCAUUGUCGUCAACCCCAAAGCCAAAGACUCCGACACUAAACAGAUGAACAUGUUCCAAAGAGCAGCCGCCGCGGCCUUAGACGCGGCUGAGAGCUUCCUCGUUAGCCACGAGAGACAACACCCGCUUCCCAAAACCGCCGACCCUAGCGUUCAGAUCGCCGGAAACUUCGCUCCGGUGAACGAACAACCCGUCCGGCGUAAUCUUCCGGUGACCGGAAAAAUACCUGAUUCCAUAAAAGGAGUGUACGUGCGCAACGGAGCUAACCCGCUUCACGAGCCGGUGACCGGUCACCACUUCUUCGACGGAGACGGGAUGGUCCACGCCGUUAAAUUCGAAGACGGUUCAGCUAGCUACUCUUGCCGGUUCACUCAAACCAACCGGUUUAUCCAGGAGCGUAAAUUAGGUCGACCGGUUUUCCCCAAAGCCAUCGGGGAGCUUCACGGACACACCGGUAUCGCUCGUCUCAUGCUAUUCUACGCCAGAGCCGCAGCCGGUUUAGUCGACCCGGGAAACGGAACCGGAGUAGCUAACGCCGGUUUAGUUUAUUUCAACAACCGGUUAUUAGCCAUGUCGGAAGACGAUUUACCUUACCAAGUCAGGAUCACUCCAAGUGGAGAUUUAAAAACCGUUGGCCGUUACGAUUUCGAUGGUCAGUUGGAAUCAACAAUGAUCGCCCACCCGAAAGUCGACCCGGAAUCCGGAGAACUAUUCGCGUUAAGCUACGACGUCGUUUCAAAGCCUUACUUAAAAUACUUCCGCUUCUCCCCCGACGGAACUAAAUCGCCGGACGUGGAGAUCAACCUCGAGACGCCGACGAUGAUGCACGACUUCGCGAUCACGGAGAACCACGUCGUGAUACCUGACCAGCAAGUCGUCUUCAAGCUCCCGGAGAUGAUCCGCGGCGGCUCUCCGGUGGUUUACGACGAGAAGAAAGUCGCGAGGUUCGGAGUUUUAGACAAGUACGCGGCGGACUCGUCGGGGAUCAAGUGGAUCGAAGCGCCGGGAUGCUUCUGCUUCCACCUCUGGAACGCGUGGGAGGAGGCGGAGACGGAGGAGGUCGUGGUGAUCGGCUCUUGCAUGACUCCGCCGGACUCGAUUUUCAACGAGUCCGACGAGAAUCUCCAGAGCGUGCUCUCGGAGAUUCGGUUGAAUCUCAGGACCGGAGAGUCUACUCGCCGCCCGAUUAUCUCGGACGGCGAGCAGCAAGUUAACCUCGAGGCGGGGAUGGUUAACAGAAACAUGCUCGGGCGUAAAACGAGAUACGCGUAUCUCGCUUUAGCCGAGCCGUGGCCUAAAGUCUCCGGGUUUGCUAAAGUCGAUCUCUUUACGGGAGAAGUGAAGAAAUUUUUGUACGGUGAUAGCCGUUACGGUGGAGAGCCUCUGUUCCUCCCGGGAGAGGGAGGAACAGAGGAGGACGAUGGUUACAUCCUCUGUUUUGUUCACGACGAGGUGACGUGGAAGUCUGAGUUACAGGUAGUUAACGCCGUUAGUUUGGAGGUUGAAGCGACGGUUAAGUUGCCGUCAAGGGUUCCGUAUGGGUUUCACGGUACGUUUAUUGGAGCUAGUGACUUGGCGAAGCAGGUGUAAAUAUACAAAAAGGGAUACAUAUUACUACGUGAGAAGCUUCUAGAAGAAAAAGAAGUGAGGGAUUUUUACCAGUGGGAUGAUCUGCAUAUACGUCCCCGGAAUCACCUCCUCUUUGUGUUUUUUUUACCCUUUGUUUUGCUUUUUGUUUGGGGUGCGGUUUGUUAGUUCCCUUUUUUAUGGGGGUCAAUGUAGAAAUCUGAAAGAUUUUGAGGGACCAGCUUGAAGCUUUUGGGCUGUAGGGUAGCCUGGCCGUUCGAGCUCAGCUGGUUUCUGUUAUUCUUUCACUUGCUGUUGUUCAUAGUGAGCAGUAUAUAGAUGUAUUGAACAAAAAAAAUAAUGUUUAUAUAUGAAUGUUUCUAGCAAGCAAACAAUUAAACAACAUUGUAUUAAACUUUAAAUACAGGCCACUUUUUGUCUUUGAUUUUUAUUUUAUUUUAGUUACAUCACUUUUUUACUUAUG